AUGCAGAAAAGCUCGUUUUCUAACAGCAUCAAAUCCGAAAUACCCUCCCCUGACUUUGACACAUCAUCCUCGGGAAGCAAACCUUUUUGUGUUUUUAGGAUGCUUUCUGGGAAGGGUUUAUUACUCUCAAAAAUAAAAGAGGCAAAACAUGAUACAGCAGAAAGAACUUCCAAAAGGAAAAUUCCUGAAGAUUCUGCUGAGCCUACAAAUGAAAUGUCCUCUGGAGUAGUGGAGGCAUGGCACAGAUGUGUGGCACCUGCUGAUAAACAGCUGAGAGGACCACCUCCCAUUACAACAGCAUGUGAUGAGUCUAAAGCGUUAACAGAUAAGACACUAAAGGCUACAGUUCAGCCACAAAAGAAUGAGAGUGACCACAUGCAGAAGGAGCGGGAGAAGAACAGGGCUCAUCAGCAACAGUAUCUGAAGUAUCUACUCCCCUUCAGGCCACAGCAAUGUACAAAGAGAAAGCAGAGUGCUGCUGAGAUAACUGAUAUUCUAUACGAUGCUGAUGGGUCUUAUCUUCCAUCAUUUAGCACUCUGCCUUCCCAGCUCAAAAGCAGAGAGUGUUUGCUUUUAAUGGUGCCCCUCUUGAGCCCUGGUGUGGUGGCAGGUCAAGCAAAAUGAAAGGCACAGACAGUGGAGUCACCAUCACUCGAAUCUCAUAUUUACAAUUCACUGAUAGUGUGGUUUAUGUCAUUGGCCAAACCCAGCAGCUGUAGUGCAGAGGACAGUGUGACAACCACUGCUCCAUUUUGGGUCACUGGAUUGCAACAGUUCUGGAACAAUGAUUUCUUAGUACUUUACAUCUGCGCUGUGCCUCCUGAAGAAGUUAAGUCACCACACACAAAAUUUUGGUGGAAGAACAUGAAGAGGGGCUGGACAUUGUUCUAUCAGCGAGUGUCAAAGUUCCUGGCUCAGACUCACCUGACGACAGUGGUGUCCUGGCUGCCAGAGAUUAACCACUUACUAGAACAGCAAGCUCAUCCUGCACUUGUCUCUUUGCCCUCUUCAAGGCUUGACUGCUUUGUUUCAGUUAGUCCUGACAAAGAGGCUGUCAAGAAGGCAUUUGGAACAAAUCCUGGCUUCUACUGGCAGACACUCAACAUUCAAGAGCAAAUAUGUCAGUGGGCAGAGGCCACGACUUCUCAGCAGCCUCACACUGAGGUAGUGCUGGCAUUGGUGUACCAGGCAAUGUUUUAUAACCCACUGGCAACACAUCAUACCCUUCAGCUUCUGUUUAGCUCAGGCUUGGAUGUGUGGGGUCUCCAAUUCAUCUACCCUUCUAAAGAACUCCUAGCUGUCUGUGCAGUGCUUGGAAUGAGUGGGCAGACAUGGGUUUCCCAGCAGCCGGUGCUUGCCAUGGCUAUCCGUGGUCCUUAUGCAAGGACUGUGUGGCAAGAUAUCACUGGCAUCAAGACUGACCCAGCCUCUAUUAAUGCCCUACACUGCCAAGAGCGUACUCUGUUCCACUCCCCACGCCUCGCCAGUCUAGUUCACUUGGGUUUGUGUGUGUGGUUUGGUGGGAGACUGCCAAAUAAUGAUCACAGGAUGACUCCCCAGGUUCAGUGGUCUAGUGAUAGAGGAGACACAGCCUCUUCACCUACAAUGCUUUGUGCCACAGCAAAAGUGGAUGUCUUUCUGCUCGUGUCUCCAGCGGUUACACCAUGCUGUUACAGCUAUGUUCUGGCUUCAUGUGCAAAGAGAAGCUUCCAGCUGAUGGGAUUGCAGAGAGUACAGAUAUCCAAUAUGAGAGCCUCAUCCUUAGGCCUCAACACUGAACAGAUGAUGACAUUCUGUCAUGCAUCUAUGGUGAGCAUAAAUGAAGCACUGCUUGAACCCUUCUCUCAUUGCCUAGUGCUCUUGCUGAGGAGAGAGAAUGCACUCCGCCAUUAUGCCAACCUGCCUGCAGGUUUGAUGAAUGAGCUGGCUUUGCAAGGCAUAGAGGGACUGCUCCAUACCAGACUGCCAGGCAGUGUUCACCUCAAAUCAUAUCUCUGCUUUCAUGCUGUACCUUAUGUGGAAGAUCUCUUCAACUUUCUUGGAGACCACAUGUGGACAGUACCAGACUUCAGCCCUGUGGUCCUUUCAAAGCACAGAUAUCCUUCAUGCAAUGAGACAGAGCCGAUUGUGAUUCUCACACUGACUAUUUACAACAUCAUGGAGACGGGCAUGAAUCUGCUUCACAAGGUUCUCAGGGGAAAUCAAGCAGGAGGAGUGGGUGAGGACAGAUUUGUGUUGUUGGCUCUGAAAUGGCUGCCCACACUGACCUGGCAGCAGGCACGGGAGCUGAGCCCUUUCGGGGUCAGUGAGCAUCAGUGGCACAGCAGCAUAGUAAGCCUGGUAUCCUCUCCAGCCCUGAUCUGUGCCAUUAGAAGGCUGGAGGCAUUCAAUAAUAUGCAAAGACUUUUACCACAAGGCUAUCCUGGAGAUCUAAGUGUACUGAUGUCAACCACUCCUGAAAUGGCCUUCAGACAAGCCGCCAUUUUCUUAACUGAGACACAGAUGAUCCCAGAUCACAGCAGCUGAAUUUUAUUUAAAUUCCUGCCACCUCCAAGCUUAGGCUCUGCAAGUCAGUUCUUGUUCCACUACAUGAUGGACGGAUUGCAGCCUCUUCUUACUUUGGCACUGUUCAAGCCUGGUGUCUGGAGUCAUUACUUGGGUAAAAUUCUCAGCAAGAUCCAGAAAAACAACUUCACUUUAGUGGGCUUGCGCAUUCUUGUACUCAAUUCAAAAAUGGGAAACACACUGAUGAAUGUAUCAGAACACCAGACUUUAAUAAAUGGAAAACAUCUGUGUGAGCCUUUUGAGAGAGAUUCAAAAUUGAAGUACCUGACAUCAGGACCUGUACUGGCAUUGUGCCUACAGAGGAAUGCAGUUAAGAGGCUCCUGGAGUUAUUGGGCCCUGAGGAUCCAGCUCAAGCAUGAACUGAAGAGCUCCACUUCUGGAGGGCCAGCUAUGGCACUGACAGAUUGCAUAAUGACAUCUAUGGUAGUGUUUCUUAUCAGCAGGCUGUGCAGGAUGUAAAGAUGAUGUUCUCAGAUGGUCUGUGCUCCACAGAAACAUUACUCAUGAAGCACGAACAGAUAUCUUGUUUAAGAUCAGACCCAUUGGCAAGUUUGGAAUGGCAACAGUCUCAUACCAUUACUAACUCAGCCAAAAACAAGCUCUUCCUGUCUCUCAUGGAGAAUUCAGAAUUGAUCAGAGCAGGGUGCUCAGUUCGCAGUGCUCUCUGCCAGACCAUGUGCCUCAUUAUGCCCUCAUGUGUACUCCAGCUGAGCUGCCCACCUCUUCACCUGGAUCUGCUGCAACGACUGCUAAGCUCAGGCUGCCACGUUGUGGCUGGGAGCCUCUACUCAUUAGACCAAAGCCAAAUAGCUCACCUGUCUCUGUUACUGAGGCCCACCACUAGUAAAGAACCUCUUCUGUAUGAAGGACCAUGUCUUGUUCUUGCUCUACAAAUGGACAACAUUGUGACAUGCUUUGACUUUAUUCUUGAAAGGAUCUGUCGGUAUAUGCCAGACUUUGAGAAAGUAAGGAAGAUGCUUCUUUACCCUGGCACUGAACCUGAGGCAGUGAAGUUACUGUGCUACCUGUUUGAUGUUCUCUCUCCUGACAGUCACCACACUAUUGUGCCUCAAUAA